UAUAGAUUUUGUAUGUAUUUAUAUAGUGAGCAUGACAGUGCUGAUGUUCUACCUGUUCGGUAAACCGUACAAACGUGGAUUCUUUUGCAAUGACGAGUCGUUAUAUCACCCUUUCCACGACUCUACUGUAACUAGUGCGAUGCUCUACGUUAUUGGUCUUUUACUUCCUAUAUGCACGAUGUUGGCAGGUGAAUAUUUUUAUGCAAGAUAUUCUAAUGCAGAUUCAACAAAGAUAUUAUUCGGCUACAACAUACCUCCAUGGAUAUGGAAUGCAUAUGAGAAGAUUGGCAUAUUUGGUUUUGGAGCAGCAACUACUGUUCUACUUACCGAUAUUGCCAAAUAUACGAUCGGACGAUUGAGACCACAUUUCAUGACUCUCUGUGAACCCAACAUCAAUUGUAGCCUGAUUGAAAAUCAGCAUAGGUACAUUGAGAAUUAUUCUUGCAAUCAGAAUAUUUCGAAGAGUCUUCUAAAAGAGAUAAGAUUAUCUUUUCCCUCAGGACAUUCGUCGUUCUCGGCCUACACGAUGAUCUACCUUGCAAUGUAUUUACAAUUAAGGAUAACUUGGAAGGGUAGCAAAUUGUUGAAACACUUCCUGCAACUCGUGUGCCUACUUAUGGCCUGGUUCACUGCAUUGUCGCGAGUUUCCGAUUAUAAACAUCAUUGGAGCGAUGUUCUUGCCGGCUCGACCCUUGGCACUAUCACAGCGCUGGUCGUGGUAAACUUCGUUGCAGAUCUGUUCAAGGAUCAGAAUCACUACUCAGUGGAAGAGAAACAUCGAACGACAGAUUACGAAACAGGGACCGGUACACAGUUGUCUCUGGGAAGUUAAUUCUGGUCUCGGGGAACAAAAACAUACGCUGCUGAUGGGCGCCUCAAGUGAAGGAAAAUUGAAAAAUGUAUAUGGUAUUCCCAAAAGCUGGUGUGUCACAAAAAAUUUUCUCAUUCGACAUCGAAACUGCCUUAUGUGCUGUUUUGGGGGACCGUUCAUCGCCUUCUCGACGACACUUCUAGACGUUAUCAUCCACCAUUUCUUCAUCAUCAUGCAGUGUUGAUCAUAGAGAUUCUUGUAAAAAAAAUGGAAAAAAAGGGAAAAGAGAAAUAGAAGGAAAAAGAAG